UAUGAAAAGGGGGCUUAGGUGUGAAAACAAGUUUUCGAGAAAACAGCUGUUAAAGAUAAAGAAGUCAUUUUAUCAUUUUCGCUUUAGUUGUUCGCUUCUCCCUGCAUCCCACCGCAUCCUACUCUGUUCGAGGACAUCCAGUGUUGUUUCUGCUUCGAAUAAUAUCGUAUUUGAUCGCGUGAUUUCGUGGUUUUGCUAAGUUUUGCGCUUUAACUACCAACACUGAAGAGGUGAAAUGCGUAAAUAUUAUUAUCAAUGGUGACGAAUUCGUUGUGUUGUACAUUCCUCUUUUUCAUUACGUUUACUGAAUAAUUUUUAUGCGUCUUUUGCUUCCGGAAGAAAUUAAAAAUGAGUGUUGAAGAAGAGUUCAGUGCCGUUUACAGACAAUAUUUUGGUGAAAACGAAGAAGAUAGUGAUAAAUCCGAUAUUGAUAAUGAUUUGGACAGCGAUUAUGAUUUAUAUCAGGCAAGAGAUGAUACAGAGGAAAGUUUCGUUAAAAUGGGCUUAUCUAUGGCCGAUUUAGAAGAAGAAGAGCUGAUAGCAAAAUUUCUCUCUACCAAUUGUUGUAUUAAGAAAUGCAAUACACUCAUACCUCGAGAUCGGAUUGUUAGUAGUAAAACCAAUUGUUUAGAGCUAUCCAAAAACAAACUUGAUUUAGUGAUACUAAGUAAUAUCGAAGCUGGAAUAAGGUAUAACGAAGAAUUCCAAGGUGUUUAUUCAGAAAUUGCUAAGCGGAAGAUAGAAGGAUGCAGAAAAGGUAAAGAAGUUACAAGGCAUAAGAUUCAGUUCUCUUUCCUCGGCAUACCAAUUUGUCGUUCACUUUUCCUUUUUAUACACGCGUGCGGAAAUAAACGUUACGAACACUUGGUAACUCAUUAUCAUAAAAAUGGUGUAACAGUGCGAGAACAUGGCCUAGCAAAUAAACCAAGUACGAAUCAAAAAUCAUUUAAACCGGAUGAAAUUCAAAAGGCUGUAAAAUUCAUUGAAUACACUGCGGAUCUGUUAGCUCUGCCCCUACCUGGCCGACUCCCAAAAUUUAAAGAUUACCGAGUUAUGAAAUUACCAUCGAACGAAACGAAGUCGUCAGUUUACCGAAAAUACAUUGCUUCACUCCAAGAUGACGAACCAAAGAUGAGUAAUCGCAGUUUUCGACGUAUAUGGGCUAAGUAUAUACCCUAUGUGACAACUAUGAAACCAGCAGACGAUUUAUGCGACAUUUGUCGUGGAAACACGCUGUCGAUUGCGCUAACUAAAAACAUCUGAUAUUGAACGAGAACAAAAACUGAAUCAAUUUCUCGAACAUCUCCAUAGAGCUCGAAACCAGCGAGCAUACUAUAAAAGUUGGUGCGAAAAUACUGAUGAUACGGCAGUAGUUCUUUCCUUCGAUUUUGCCCAAACGGUUCAUUAUCCACUUAGUCCGCAGCAGCCGGGUACAGCUUACUUUAAAGCAACAAAGAAGUGUGGAGUUUUUGGAAUAACAAACGAAAAAUUAAAAAUUCAGGUGAGGAUAUCAAACAUUAAAAUUGUACGAACUCGAACCACUUGACCUAAUUUUUUUUUCAGCAUAAUUACUUAAUUGACGAGAAGGAUGACGUGGGGAAAGGGCCGAACUGCGUCGUGAGCAUUUUGCAUCACCACUUGGAAACCUAUUGCGAAGACAUCCAAAAACUUGUUAUUUUUUGUGACAAUUGCGUAGGGCAAAAUAAGAACAAUGCCGUACUAUCGUAUUUACAAUGGAGAGUUGCUCGAAAACUUAACCAAACGAUUUUAUUCAAUUUCCUUCCCACAGGACACACAAAAUUUGUUCCUGAUCGCUACUUCGGGAUUUUUAAGGCGAAAUAUGCUACCAGCAAUAUAGAUACGUAUGAAGAUUUAUUGAAAUGUGUCGUUGAAUCCUUACCCAGUGGUCAUAAUAAAGCGGUAUCGGCGGAGAAUGUUACAUGGUAUCAAUGGGAUAGCUAUUUGAAACCAUUUUAUCGGCCACUCGUUGGUAUAACGCAGUUCCAUCACUUCAUAAUCUGUACGGAUUGUGUCAAAACGAAAAAAUUCGCUGAUAGUGAGGACGUGGACACUUUUCAUCUGUUGUUGAAACCUAUCGAUAGCAAAAUGCCGGAAACUAUACAACCAGUUGGUUUAACUUUAGAACGCCAAUGGUAUAUAUACAAAAAUCUUCGCAGUUUAGUCACAGAUCCAGGAAAAGUAGAUAUUACAGCUCCAUUACCAAAAGAAAAGUUGGUAUCAAAGAAACAAAAGCCCGAAGUUGAUGGAGAGGAUAAUUCUGCGGCUCCCUUGCCAAAUAAAAAUUUGGUAUCGAAAAAACGAAAGGCAAAAGGUAAUGACGAGGAAGAUUCUACGGCUCUAUUCCUAAAAAAGAAGUUAGCAUCGAAAAAAAAAAACAACAAAGGCCGAAGAAACAGUGAAGGAAGAUUAUGUGGCUUCAUUAUCAAAGAAAAAGGUAGCAUCGAAAAAACUACCUUUUUUAGUUAGAAAGUUAGAAACCAGUUAGAAACUUCCGGUUUGCGCCAUUCGAAAGAGCAUAUUUUACUUUAUCUAAAUCGCCAAAAAAGUGAAAAAUGAUUUUUUCACAACUAAGCCCUCUUUUCGUAGACCAGGUCACAUAUUAUGAGUGUUGAAGUGAUAUGUUCAUUGCGACAAAACUGCGGUUGGAAGCAAAAUUCUGGAAAAAAUCGUCAGAAACCGAUAUGAGUCAAGCGUGGAAUGUUUUCUAUGGAUUUUCCAAAGGAAUGAUAAUGAUGUAAAAGUUUAUUGUUCGGCCGAUUUGAGAUGGCUAAUAUUGGUCACUAACAAAAACACUCCUAAGACAAUCAUCGAAGGUUUUUAUAACUAGCUUGGAACAGAGAGUUGGCACAUCAAUGAUCCCUGGGCGUAGCCUUUUACCGUGCCAACAGAGGAUGUAAGUUUGUCUGGAAGAAGAAAUAAAAAAGAUUCUAUAAUCUUUUUUCUUUUUGGCUAUACAAGUUAUGGCAUGU